AUCUCUUAGGACAGAGGAGGCUGAACCUUGUUAAUUUUUAAUAAAUGUGUCAGCUGACUCUCUUCGAUCUCCUGAUAAAGAUGAACUUUCUACCAGACUGCACCAGAAGACGUUCAUGGCUGUAAAGAUGCGUGGGAUCUUUUGUGCACUCGCAGCACUGCUGCUGGCUGCAGCAUGGGCAGACCACCAACACCACCAUGGCUCUGAUCACAGCCACGAGGGAGAGCUGAGCUGCCACAAGCUGUCGUCUCCCAAUGCUGACUUUGCCUUUGCCCUCUACAAAAGUCUGAAUGCCCACACUGCUGCUGGAAAGAACAUCUUCUACUCGCCACUGGGCAUCUCCACCGCCCUGUCCAUGAUGUCUACAGGGGCCGGUGGUGAAACCCACAGCCAGCUGUUCUCCAGCUUGGGCUACAGCACCUUAAACCAGACUCAGGUCAAUGAAGCAUACGAGCAUCUUUUCCACAUGUAUGGACACAGCCAGGAGGAUCAUAUAUACGGGACGCAUUUGCCCCCGUUACCAUUUUAGCUCAUUUCGUGCCUCAAUACUGAACCAAUUUUAGAACGAGUGGUACCCAUGAAUCAUACGCACACAUACACAUGGGGAAAUAGAGUCCAGGUUGAAAAAUACCGAAGUUAUCCUUUAAGGAUCCAUUUUUGAUAAUCCGCACCCAUGCAUACCCAUAAAGCUCAGUACCAGAACCGACCUUUACCCGUCAUUAUGUCUGAGUCAAAGCCGCACCUGCUCACACCCAUUAAAAAAAGUCCCGCAACCCAACCCUCAUGAUUAAACACAGACAGAAUACAGUCCCUCACAUUAAGGUGGGUUCUCCGUCCUUGAAUUCCAAAUCCAGCGGAGGAGACGUCUCUUUCACUGGAUGGUGAAAACAUUCAAUCACUGCCAGGUUAGGAAACAUUUUAGCAUGCUCCUUCCACCACCAUCAAACCUCCAAAGGAUCCCCUUUAGGUGUCUUGAACUCCAUGUAGGCUGCCACCUCAUCCCCGGGCUGCAAGUUUUCAUGGCUGGAGUCCUCCACCUCGGUGACCAAUGUGACGACAGUGUCAAUGGUUUGACCUGUGUCACUGACUUUCACAGUAAAAGGAUUUGUGGCUUGAUAAUAGUGAUUAAGAUAUCAAAAUAUUACACUCAUACUGCACAUCUUUUUACUUUGUUCCAUUCUGAAAUAGAGAAAAUAUAUUUUUGUUGUCACACACUGCCUGUAAUGUUCUCUUUAGCUGUUAUUGUGUUUGUGUUAAUUUCCUGUUUUAUUUUGAAAUCCUGUUGUUUUUGGUUGAUGUCUAGUUUUACUUCCUGUCUUUGUUCUUUUCCCGCCUUUUGAUCACUCACCUGUGACUGAUUGGUAAUCACCUUCACCUGUGUAUAUAUACCAUGUGUUUUCACCAGCCCUCUGCCAGAUUACCAUUGUCUCCCAGUGUGUUCAUGCUUUCCAGCCCUGUGGAUCUAGUUUUGUUUGCCUGUGGUUUUUUUUGGACUUUGAAGACUUUUGGAAUGUUACUCUUGGAAUUGCCUUCCUUUGGAUUCUGCUUGAAUUUUUGAGUAAAGAACUUUGACUUUCUGCA